GGAUGAUGCAGAGCUAUCGAUAGCGAGCCAUCCCAAUGUCACAUCCCAUGCAUAGACAGCUCAUGAAGCAUGGGCACCAUGAGGGGCAGACACCACCGUCACGUGACGAUCCAUGACUUUGCUUACGUUAUCUGACGCGGAUCUCGAUCAAGUUUCAGCAAAGCUUUUGAACGCUGGAAUCAGACCGCGGAUAGACGGGGGACCUCGAGAUCGGACGUGGUAUUGAAGACGCUGGAGGACAGAUUGCAUAGAAGCGGGGAGGAGCUCGCAUCUCUCUCAACAUUGAAAAGGGGGCGGGGUCAUCGCCUCGAUCUUCGAUCCGGUCACGGCCCUUUGAGCCACCCGUUCGUUGAGCAGCCAACGACCCGGGCUAAAUAGAUAGAUCGUGAGGAGAAGUACGUCUCAGCACACGACCAUGUCCUCUACUAUCCCCCCAUCCCUUCGAUCGGAAUUUUCUCAAAGACCUCACUCGCCCCAUCGAUUCCCAUCCAAUCGGCCGUCUUCCGCUGUUGAUCUGACGGAGCUGCCCAAUACACCCCCCGUUCAAGAUCAUCAGCACUUGGCCCCGUCACCUCCUCUUUCCAGGGUCUCGAGCCGAUCACACGAUGCGCCCAAUCACCACUAUCACCCUUAUACCACUAGUCCGGGGCUUGAAGAAGAUGGGGUCAUGUGUUUCGGUGACAUGGCUUUGUUGUUGAAGACGAUAGAUUUCGCGGCGAUGAAACAUUCCAGUCAGAGGAGGAAAGAUGUCGAUCAGACGCCAUAUAUCAAUCAUCCCAUUGCAUGUGCGAAUUUUCUCGCUUCAACAGGCAUCACGGACAUCCGCGUGCUUCAGGCGGCGGUCCUUCACGACACAGUGGAGGAUACCAAUACGACCAUACCUGAGAUCGCCGAGGUGUUUGGGAUCGACGUAGCGACCAUUGUCGAGGAAUGUACCGACAACACCGCUCUCUCGGGCCAAGAACGCAAAGCCGAGCAGGUCAGGACAGCAGGGUCAAAGUCGAAAGAAGCGCAGCAGGUCAAGCUGGCAGACAAAUUGCACAAUCUCGAGAGUAUUCGACGGAGUCCACCAGAUGGUUGGACAGCCAGAAGGGUUCAGAACUAUUUCAUCUGGGCAAAGGAGGUCACCGAUGCUUGUGCCGAGGCUCAUCCGCCGUUGGCUGAUCGCCUCGAGCGAUUGUACAAGACGGCAUAUACCAAAGUGAAUGGGAAAUACUAUCCGUGUCAUCCACAGAUCUGCGGGCCUAUGACCGAGGACGAGAAACAUCGCAUCGACAGUCGAUGGACAUGUCUCAAGCCGGGCGAGAAGCCUUCUCCGAAGCCCAUCUUUUUCUAGACACCUUCAAAUCACUGUAGCAUAGGAGUGCAUAUGAUAAACAUAUU